AUGUACAGUUGUCCAAUGACCCAACCACCGACAUUAUCAAUUAAUCUACCGUUAGGUAAUCUAACAAUACCUGUUCGUAUAUCACCAUCUUAUAUACCAUCAACAAUUAUAUCACCACCAGUAACUAGCACUGUUACUUCAUCAUCCAUUGUGCCACCACCACCAUAUCAUACGAUAAACAUAAAUAGCAUACCAUGUGAUGCGGAUAUUGAUGUUGUUGGAAUUACCGAUGUAGCACGUGAUGUACACCUUGAUGAUGAUGAUGAAGAAGAGCAAUAUGAUAAGCCAUUGGAUUUAUCGCUUAAAAAACGUGAAAUGCGCUGUUUACCAUCAUGCUCAUCCAUUUUGAAAUCACAACCUCGGCCAACCGUUAUACGAAAUGGUUAUGUACGACGUAAUGUUGAUAUGCGUCGAUCAGCUUCCUCAGUAACAUCACGACCCACUCCUGAACCAGAUGUUUCGGAACAUUUCCGGCGAUCGCUUAGUGGUAAAUGGCCAAGACGGCAAACAAAUUAUGUUCAUUACACACCACCGGUUCAAACUGAUGUUGACAAAAAAAUUUCCGGAUCACUACUACACCGUAAAAGCAAUCAAACAACCGGUUUACGAAGCACUCUAUCAUGUAGCGUAAGCUCACCACAACAAAUUGUUGUGAAUAAUUCCGGAAUUGAAAUAGAAGAUCACUUUCGAAAAGCACUUGGAGCAGAGACUUACGAACUUCUUCGUGGAAAUCGCUAA